UUAGAUUCAAAGCACCUGAGAAUGUUAGGGAAUGAAUGAGGUUUUAGUUUUAACUUCCUCGAAACUCUGUCAAGUGGAGAUUGCGUUUUUUUUCUCUGUUUUCAAUAAUAAUUGUUUCACUUUGAUAUGUUUGUUUAAUUUUUGGUAUUACUGUUUACGUAUCAACUUGAAAGUUCAGUUUUAGGGUUGAUAAUUGGUAUUUCUAACAUGAUACUUUUAUAUUUUAGAUGCAUUCAUAUAAGUGAAUGUAUGACCUUCUCUGUUAUGCUCAAGGUGAAGUUUGGUUGAUAAUUAUAAACCAGUUUAACAUACGGACAUGAAACUGGUUUAGUUUAUAGGAUAUGUCUUUUGCAUCAAGGCUUGGCGCCUAGGAAUAUGAGUAGCUUGGUUGAGAGGCUUCGGAUUAGAUCAGAUCGACGGCCAGUUUACAAUUUGGAUGAAUCAGAUGACGAUGCCGAUUUUGUGUCUGGAAAAUCUGGUAAAAUUGAGGGGAAUUUGGAAAAGAUAGUCAGGACUGACGCGAAAGAGAAGUCAUGCCAAGCCUGUGGAGAGGGUGAGAAUCUCUUUAGUUGUGCAACAUGUACUUAUGCAUACCAUCCAAAGUGUUUACUUCCUCCAUUAAAAGCUCCACUUCCUGACAACUGGAGAUGCCCUGAGUGCUUUAGCCCUCUGAACGAUAUUGACAAGAUAUUAGAUUGUGAAAUGCGUCCUACUGUGGCUGAUGAUAAUGAUGCUUCCAAGCUGGGUUCAAAGCAAAUAUUUGUGAAACAGUAUCUUGUGAAGUGGAAAGGAUUAUCAUAUUUGCAUUGUACUUGGGUACCUGAGAAGGAAUUCAUAAAAGCUUUCAAGUCCAAUCCUCGUUUAAGGACUAAGGUGAACAAUUUCCAUCGACAAGUGGCAUCAAACAAUAGCUCUGAAGAUGACUUUGUUGCCAUUAGACCUGAGUGGACUACAGUUGAUCGCAUUCUUGCUUGCAGGGGCGAUGAUGAUGACGAGAAGGAGUACCUUGUCAAGUAUAAAGAACUUCCCUAUGAUGAAUGUUAUUGGGAGUUUGAAUCAGAUAUAUCUGCAUUUGAACCCGAAAUUGAGAGAUUUAAUAAAAUUCAAUCCAGAUCUCGUAAAUCUUCUGCUAGUAGGCAAAAAAGCAGCCUUCAAAAUGCUGUUGAGUUCAAGAAGUCAAAGGAAUUUCAACCAUAUGAACAUAGUCCUGAAUUUCUUUCUGGAGGCUCGCUGCAUCCUUACCAACUUGAAGGGUUGAACUUCUUGCGUUUUUCUUGGUCCAAACAAACACAUGUAAUUCUUGCUGAUGAGAUGGGCCUUGGUAAAACCAUCCAGAGCAUUGCAUUUUUAGCAUCACUUUUUAAAGAAAACAUUGCUCCUCAUUUGGUAGUAGCACCACUUUCAACACUACGGAACUGGGAAAGGGAGUUUGCUACAUGGGCUCCCCAAAUGAAUGUUGUUAUGUAUGUUGGCACUUCCCAAGCUCGUGCAAUUAUAAGGGAAUAUGAAUUUUAUCAUCCAAAAAAUCAUAAGAAGAUCAAGAAAAAGAAAUCUGGUCAAAUUGUUAGUGAAAGCAAGCAAGAUAGAAUAAAAUUUGAUGUCCUGUUAACAUCAUAUGAGAUGAUUAACUUGGACACAACAUCGUUGAAGCCAAUAAUGUGGGAGUGCAUGAUUGUUGAUGAAGGUCACCGGCUCAAGAACAAGGAUUCAAAGUUGUUUCUUUCACUGAAGCAGUAUACCACUAACCACCGCACUCUUUUGACUGGAACGCCUCUUCAGAACAAUCUGGAUGAACUUUUCAUGCUAAUGCACUUCCUUGAUGCUGGAAAGUUUGGAAGUUUAGAGGAGUUCCAGGAGCAAUUUAAGGAUAUCAGUCAGGAGAUGCAGAUUUCAAGACUUCAUGACAUGUUGGCCCCACAUCUCCUUAGAAGGCUGAAGAAGGAUGUCAUGAAGCAACUUCCUCCCAAGAAAGAACUUAUUUUACGUGUUGAUUUAAGUAGCAAGCAGAAAGAAUAUUACAAGGCGAUUUUGACUCGUAACUAUCAGAUACUUACCCGACGUGGUGGUGCACAAAUAUCUCUCAUUAAUGUGGUUAUGGAGUUGCGAAAGCUAUGCUGUCAUCCCUAUAUGUUGGAAGGGGUAGAACCAGAUAUCGAAGAUGCAAAUGAAGCUUACAAACAGCUCCUGGAAUCCUCUGGGAAAUUGCAACUGUUGGACAAGAUGAUGGUAAAGCUUAAAGAACAGGGUCAUAGAGUUCUUAUAUAUUCACAGUUCCAGCACAUGUUGGACUUACUGGAGGAUUACUGUACUUACAAGAAGUGGCAGUAUGAACGUAUAGAUGGAAAGGUUGGUGGGGCUGAGAGGCAAAUACGCAUAGAUCGGUUUAAUGCCAAAAAUUCUUCCCGGUUCUGUUUUUUGCUUUCCACUAGAGCUGGUGGCUUGGGUAUAAAUCUUGCAACUGCUGAUACGGUUAUCAUAUAUGAUAGUGAUUGGAAUCCCCAUGCUGAUUUACAAGCAAUGGCUAGAGCUCAUCGACUUGGACAAACAAACAAGGUGAUGAUUUAUCGACUCGUAACAAGAAGAUCCAUAGAAGAAAGGAUGAUGCAGAUGACUAAGAAGAAAAUGGUUUUGGAGCAUCUUGUUGUUGGUAGGCUAAAAGCUCAAAAUAUUAAUCAGGAAGAGUUGGAUGACAUCAUCAGAUAUGGUUCAAAGGAACUAUUUGCUGAUGAGAAUGAUGAAGCAGGGAAGUCUGGUCAAAUUCAUUAUGAUGAUGCUGCUAUCGAUAGAUUAUUGGAUCGUGAACAAGCUGACAGUGAAGAUGCUUCAGUGGAUGACGAAGCAGAUGAUGAAAUUUUGAAGGCCUUCAAGGUUGCUAAUUAUGAAGUUAUAAAGGAAUCGGAAACUGUUGCAGAGGAAGAAACUCAAAAUGUGGCUGUUGAAAAUAAAGAUACUACGAACAAUUCUGAAAGAACAAGUUACUGGGAGGAGUUGUUACGAGACAGAUAUGAAGUUCAUAAAGUUGAGGAGUUUAAUGCUUUGGGAAAGGGAAAGAGAAGCCGUAAGCAGAUGGUUUCUGUUGAAGAUGAUGACCUUGCUGGUUUGGAAGAUGUAAGCUCUGAUGGUGAGGACUUUGAAGCUGAAGUAACCGAUGCUGAUACUUCAGCUGUAAAUCAACCUGGGAGGAAGCCUUACAAGAAGAGAAUUCGUGUGGAUAAUACGGAGCCCCUCCCUCUAAUGGAAGGUGAAGGAAAAUCAUUCAGGGUGCUUGGUUUCAAUCAGAGUCAAAGGGCCGCAUUUGUACAGAUAUUGAUGAGGUUUGGGGUCGGGGAUUUUGACUGGAAGGAGUUUGCAUCUCGCUUAAAACAGAAGAGUUAUGACGAAAUAAAAGAUUAUGGUACUCUUUUCCUGACGCAUAUUGCUGAAGAUAUAACCGAUUCUCCUACAUUUUCCGAUGGUGUUCCUAAAGAAGGUCUUAGAAUUCAAGAUGUCCUAGUUAGGAUUGCUGUCCUGCUUUUAGUAAGUGAGAAGGUGAAGGAUGCAUCAGAAAAGCCUGGCACCCGUCUUUUUACUGAUGAUAUUAUGAUGCGUUACCCAACACUAAAGGGCGGGAAAUUUUGGAAAGAGGAACAUGAUUUGCUGUUACUGCGCGCGGUUUUAAAGCAUGGGUAUGGAAGAUGGCAAGCCAUUGUUGAUGAUAAAGACUUGAGGAUUCAGGAGGUGAUCUGUCAAGAGUUGAAUCUUCCCAUCAUAAAUCUUCCUAUUCCUGGGCAAGCUGGUUCUCAAGUGCAAAAUGGUGCUAAUACAACAAAUAUAGAACCAACAGGAACCCAGACUCAGGGAAAUGGCUCUGGUAAUGAUGUGGGAGGUGAGGUAGCCCAGGGAGUUGCUGAUACUGUGAACCAAGCGCGAGUAUACCAUGAUCCUUCUAUAUUGUAUCAUUUUAGAGAUAUGCAGAGAAGGCAGGUUGAAUAUGUCAAGAAAAGGGUGCUUCUCUUGGAAAAGGGCCUCAAUGCGGAGUAUCAGAAAGAGUUUUAUGGUGAGAUGAAAACAAAUGAGGUGGCAAGUGAACAGCAAGAGAAUGGAAAAAGAGUCGCAGACAUGUCAAAUGCAAGGACAACAAAGACCCCUUCACAAGUGACUUACUGCUUACCACCAAUAGAAGUAAUUGCUUCAGAAGAAAUUUCAGCAGCUGCUUGCAACAACGAUGCAGAUCGAUUGGAACUGCCUCAGCAUUACAAUAAGAUUUGCAAGAUAUUGGAGGACAAUGUUCAUGAAGCAGUUCAGUCAAGCCUCAAUCUAAAGAAAAACCUCCAUACAUUGGAAGAAAUUUGUGGGGACAUAUCUCGAAUUCUUUCACCUGCAGAGCAGCCUGUAGUCAGUACUGCUGCAGGGUCACAGAGCUGCGCAGCAAGGUCCAUUUCACCACCUAACCAACAGCCUGCCAUUGUGACCGAAAUUGAGAUGGAGGACUCACAAAGAGAAUCUGAGCCUGAGAAACCUGCUAUUGUAGAAGUAACUGAUAAAGAUUUAACCAGUUCUGAUCCACUUAAAGACAGCGGCAAAAUUGAGGAUCCAGAUUCGAGCUUGGAUCCAGUGGAAAAAGCAGCAGAUUCAUCUCAGACGCAGACUACUGGAAAUGAUGUGAUGAUGGAAGAAACAGGGAAAGAAGACGGCACCAGGACUCAAUCCGAGGCUAUAGCUAGUGAAAAUGAAAGGGAAAGUGCAGAGAAAUCUGAAGCAGGGGUCAUUGUUUUGGAUGAUUAAAUUAAAAUGUGAUACAAUAGAUGAUUUAUUGAGAGGCUAUAAUAUUCCUUACCCAAAACUUGAUUUUCUUUUAAUAGUUACCUUCUACACAAAUUCUUUCGUGCUUUAAGCAAGCUUAAAGUCUAGUGUUGUAUAAAGAUUAAUUUGGUUAUAUUUUGUUUAAAAUUUUUAAAUGCUCAUUUAAGAUCAAAGAAAA